ACUAUAGCACUUCCUCCAAAGAAAAUUAGGCAAAUCUUUACACAUUUAAGCAUAGCAAUGUCCGUCGCUAUGUUCAGGAUGUCAUUGUUAGCCCUCAUCUGCUUGACACUCAAGGAUGCCUUGGCUGCCCCUACCAGUGCUGUCACAAUCGCACCGCAUCCCGUCUUAUUUGCAAGCGCUCCUCCACUGGCCCCGCCGAUACAAUUGACGCUCGAGAGCAGCGGUCAUUUGCGACCGCGCCACCGCAAAGUGCUCAUGGACUCAAGACCCGAGGAAAUCCGGAACCCUAUUCCCGACAAAAUGGAACGCAACCAUCAUAAGACUCGGAUACCAAGCCAGGAGCAAUUGAGCUUGAUCAAGAACUUCAUCUCCGAUCACAUGGCCGGAUCGCCGUAUGUUCUUCAUCCAGACGGCUCGUUCUCCGCAAUCCAAAAACCCCCAGGUAGUUUGAAAUACUAUUACGGAAGAGUCGAGAUCUUCGACGAGGAAGGCUACUCGAUAUAUGAAACCCCCUGCUGUUAUGGCUUCCCGCGCUCGUAUUGUGCUUGUUUCUCAUUCUCAAAUUGCGCGGAAUGUUGUAUGACUUCUGCAGGCUGUCUAUGCGGGUUCCCGAUCGCCUUAGCUAUUUGUUCAGCUGGUACCGAUCUUAUUUGUGGGUCCGGUAGACUAAGCAGGGCUCUUGUCGAGGCCUGUCAGUACGAAUUCGGAAGACUAAGUACCGCUGGCUACAACGCCUGGCAAAGGAUCCGAGCUACACGAAACCCAACAGUAUCGCCAAUCUUUCUUGAAAUCAUCAUCACGAAGGUCCGGGUAUUCUUCUUGCCUCUACAUUUUCAUUCAAAUUUGUCAGUCACGACCGGAUGGUUGAAUUCAAUCAAAAAGUCCAAGUUUAUCUCAGGAACGGCAGAUACAUUCCAUGUCAGCGCCGGUCUCUUAUGUGACCUGGCGUUGAUGGGUUUGACGGGUCACACUAUAACUGCUAGUGUUACUAGCAGCCAGUGGAUGAGAAACCUCGCCUCGACGCUAGAAAGCGGAGGGGUUAAGCUCCCUAAGUUUAUAGGGGACGCGUGCGGUAGAGUCGUCGCAGCGCCGGGCUUAGAGGAAGGUUCAACUCUCUUCUAG